AUGGUGCGCUGGGAGGCGGCCGCGCUGCUCGCCGCGCUCGUCGGUGUCUGCGUCUGGACCGACGAGACCGGGAAAGUUAUCUCGGAUCGGUACGCCGUCUACUGGAACCGGAGCAACCCCAGGUUUCACCGCGGGGACUACACGGUGGAGGUGAGCAUCAACGACUACCUGGACAUCUACUGCCCGCACUACGAGGAGCCGCUGCCCGAGCGGAUGGAGCGCUACAUCCUCUACAUGGUCAACUACGAGGGGCACGCGUCCUGCGACCAUCGGCAGAGGGGCUUCAAGCGCUGGGAGUGCAACCGGCCCGACUCCCCCAACGGGCCCCUCAAGUUUUCGGAGAAGUUCCAGCUCUUCACCCCCUUCUCGCUGGGCUUCGAGUUCAGACCUGGCCACGAGUACUACUACAUCUCCGCGUCCCCCCCGAACAUGGUGGACAGGCCCUGCCUGAAGCUGAAGGUUUAUGUUCGGCCAACAAACGAUUCUCUCUACGAGUCCCCGGAGCCCAUUUUCACCAGCAACAACUCCUGCUGCAGCCUCAGGGUCCCGCACGCUGUGCUCGUGGUGGUGCCGGUUGUCUGGACGCUCCUGGCCUCGUAGCACCGACACCGACGUGCCAGGGAGCGGCUCCGCGGGGAAAGAGCAGCCUGGGGACGGAUCCUGGCCACCCCGAAUCGCCUUCAAGCCGUGGCUCCUGCGGCAGCGGGACCGUGCCCGAGGAGGUCGCCGGCGUGGAGGGUUGGUGCUGCCGGCGAGAAGCUCGCCCGGAUCCUGCCGCCGCGUGAAGUUGCCAUCUUCACACGGCCACUGUGCCAGGGCAUCGCACCGGGAACGGUGAAGGGCUGCCCCGCGGGACGGAUCCUGGCUACGCACGCCAAAAGCUCCCGUCCCUGCGCUGCGGCUCGCUCGGCGCCGGCCCUCCCCGUUGGAUGUCACUUUUUACAUUUCUAGACCAAAUACAGAGUCCUCGUUGGUUUGUUUUUUUUUUUAAAAGAAAAAAGAUUUUUAUUUUUAUUUGUUGGGUUGUUUCAGUCCAGGCUUCCCCGUGUCAGACUGACCCGCACGGGGCUGGGCUCAGCCCCCUCCCGCUGAGCCCCUUGCCGGGGCGGCUGCGGCACCCUGCCUUCGCCUGGCCGCAGGCAGAGCUGCAGGCAGCACCGGUACGCCGGGAGAGACGGACGCCAGCGAUGGUGCCGACAGCUCCGUUGUCGCAGACUCUUUCCCAGCCUGGCCGUUGCUCCGGCAGCAGGACGUCGCGGUGCCGGCCCCGCCACGCUUCCCCUGCCACCCCCCUGCCACAGGGGUGCGGGGAUGGGGGUCCUGGACGGACACGAGCCCCCGCUGAGCGCCUGGUGGGGUGACCCCCUCCCCACCACUUGUGCCACGGAUGUCACCGCUGUCCCCAUGGGACUCCGGGGCGGCUCCGCGAGCGGCAAAGCAAACUGGAUGCACCCGAGGGGAGCACGGGGGAUGGCCGGCCGGCACAGGGGGCACUGAGGAUGGCCAGCACCAGGAGCACCGGGGAUGGCCGGCCGGCACAGGGAGCACCGCCGGGCGCUGGGAGCCGGCGGGCCGGGCUCGUCCAGCAGUUGGGAUCGCUCCGAGGGCGUUUGGCCGGAGCCGGGGCUGGAGCCCCCGUCCGCGGCAGGGCUGAUCUCGCCGGGGCAGGAGGAGCGUGCCGGCCCGGCGCUGCCCGUGGGGCAGGUUUUCCUCCCCCGCAGCCUUCUGCUCUGCACC